AUGUUUCCGGGUUCCUCUCCGCGUAUGGUUUUCUUGAUUCUGGAUAGAAUCGUGUUCUGGAUAGAAUCGUGUUCUGGACGACGUUUCGAAUUUAGAGCAGAAACCGAUUUCGAGCUAACCAAGAAGAAACAAAAAGAGAAAUUUGAAAGACUGCAAAUUGAACAAGCUCCUAAGAAGACCCCAAGACUAGAUCCUUCAAGAGUGGUCUGCAACCUCUCUAAGAUAACCCUUGACGAGGCAACAACCAGUGUUCUAGCGAAGGGCUUCAACUACGCUGUAACACCGACACAUAUACCAGUAGAAAACAUCAUAUGUGGAGUAGAAGCAUCUAUUACAAAUAUAGAAGCCAACACCGCCGAAGCUAUCCGCCAAGACGUAUCCCACAUCCUAAGAAGAGCAAGACCUCCAAAAAAGAAUUUAACGUACGAAGAAUCGCAAGCACUACGUAAUCUCCAAAAAAACAGGGAUAUAAUCGUACUCCCAGCAGACAAGGGAAAUACAACUGUAGUAAUGGAUAUUGAAGAAUAUGAUAAGAAGAUAGAAACCCUACUAAAUGAGCCAACAUACCAACCCAUUUCUACGGAUCCUACUACAUAUUUAGAGAAGACAACAAAAGCUAAGAUCAAAGCCUCCAACAUUAGCCAAGAAGAACAGCUCCAACUUAUCCCAAGAGAAAAGUCUUCAAGAUGCCCAAAACUGUACGGUCUACCUAAAAUUCACAAGGCAGGAGUACCAUUAAGACCCAUUGUGAGUUCAAUCGGAUCACCAUUACAGCAGCUGGCAAGAUUCCUGGCUAAACAAUUACAGCCUUAUGCCGAAGAAGCGAAAUCUUACGUCAAGAACGCCAGUCACUUCAUCGAACGCAUAAGAAACGUAAGAGUGGACCCAGGACACCUGCUGGUGAGCUUCGAUGUUGUAUCCCUCUUCACAAAUAUACCAAUAGAAGAAGCACUCGACUUAAUAGUCCAGAAAUACCAUCUGAGAAAAGAUUUAGUGGACCUGAUAAAACACUGCCUCAAUAACACAUAUUUCAUCUAUAAAGACCAGAGAUACAAACAAAUAGAAGGAGCACCCAUGGGAUCACCACUGUCACCAGUAAUCGCCAACCUAUUUAUGGAGGAUCUGGAAGAACGAGCGAUCAAAUCCGCCGAAUAUAAACCAGAAAUGUGGCUACGAUACGUCGACGACACCUUCGUUAUUUGGACGCACGGCAAAGAAAAACUGAAUGGCUUCCUAACACAUCUCAACAGUAUACAUCACAAAAUUCAGUUCACCAUGGAAAUCGAAGAAAAUAACAAGUUGCCAUUUCUAGACGUAUCCAUAAUCAAAAAUAGAACCGGAGGUUUAGGCUACACGGUGUAUAGAAAACCCACACACACGGAUCGCUACCUGCAUGCCGAGUCCCAUCACCAUCCAUCACAACUAAAUUCUGUUUUGAAAACUCUAAUAACACGAUCAGAAAGGCUGACUGACAACGAACACAAAACAGAAGAAAUCGAAAAAGUUAAAAAAGCUCUUCAACAAAAUGGUUUCUCGGAUAACAACAUCAAGAGAGCAUUAAGACCACGCCACAAUAGAGAACGGACCGAAGAAGAUAAACCAGUUGCCAAAGCACUCCUUCCAUAUAUAAAAGGAACCACUGACAAAAUCAGCAAAGUAAAUCAUCUUCAAAGAGAAAUUGAAAUUACUCAAUUUGGCGGCAACACCCCAGAUAUCUGA